CUGACUCGGCAGUCCCGGCUUGUGCUGGGCGCACGGCCCGGGAUCCCACACCCCACGCGCCGGCCCGCGUGGACGCCCAAGCCGAGGGAUUCCUCUACCGCCCCCCCACUCCGCCCAGCCCCAAGGGAAGAGCUCCCGCCGCGGGGCCCUCGGAACCAGAGCCAGCCGGGCGGGGCGGCGCCUCCAGGCCACCAGAUGUUUGCCAUCCAGACAGGGGUAGCUGAAGGGGGUCAGUUCCUGGGGGACCCGCCUCCUGGAGUAUGUCAGCCCGAACUUCAACCAGACAGCAACUCCAACUUCAUGGCAAGUGCCAAAGAUACCAAUGAGAAUUGGCAUGGGAUGCCAGGCCAAGUGGAACCCAUACUGAUGAGGAGCUUCUCUGAGUUGCCCUCUGACAACCAGGCCUUCCACGAUCCUGGACUCCCUGAGGGGGAGGUCCGCAGCCCACCAGAGGGGGCAGAGAUCCCUGGAGCUGGACCUGAGAAGAUGGGUGAUGCCAGCACAGUCUGCUCCCCUCUGGAGGACAACGGCUAUGCCAGCAGCUCCCUGAGCAUUGACAGCCCUAGCCGCAGCCCUGAGCCUGCCUGUGGGACCCCUCCCAGCCCUGGCCCUCCAGCUCCCCUUCUGCCCUCAGUGGCCCAGGCCGUACAGCAGCUGCAGGCUCAAGAGCGCUAUAAAGAGCAGGAGAAGGAAAAGCACCAUGUGCACUUGGUGAUGUACCGUCGCCUGGCCCUGCUCCAGUGGAUCCGGGGCCUGCAGCACCAGUUGGUUGACCAGCAGGCCCGUCUGCAGGAGAGCUUUGACACCAUUCUAGAUAACCGGAAGGAGCUUAUCCGCUGUCUCCAACAGAGGGCAGCACCAUCCACACCCCAGGACCAGGGCUAAGGGUGUCUCUACAGGGGUGCAAGGGUUUAUGUAUAUAUUUGCAGGCAUGUGUGUGGUUGUGCACAAGCAAGUACAGAUUAUUUGCUGGUAUGAGUGCAGGGAAGCAUAAGUGAGUAUGUCAGUGCUCACAUGUAGGCAGAUGUGCACAGGCCAUGUGAGAAUCAGCAGCCCUAUGUGUGAGUAUGUACAUAUGUGUAUGUAUAGUAUGUAUGGAGGAGGAAGUAAAUUUGUAUAUGCAUGUGUGGACCGGUGCCCCACGGUGUGUGUAUAUGUGCAUGAGUGAAGAUAUAUAUGCAAAAGAUGUGUGUUUAUGUAUGAUUGAGUUUGAGCGUGCAGAUUUGUGGUGGGUGUUUGUGAGUGAGCCCUUGUGUGUGCAGGCCUAUGUGUAGGGGUGCGUGUGUGCAGGUGCGUGCAUGGGAUGUAUACAUUAGGAGCAUGUCUAUUUGCAGGCUGACUCAGGAGCAAGUGUGGGCAAAUAUAUGUUCAAUUGCACACGUGGGGCAUCCAUCCAUACCUUAUGUUACCUGUGGUCUCCACUAGCCUUUUUUCUCCACAAGGGUCCCACUGCUCCCUGGAGAGAAGGCUAGCCUGCUCUCAUUAUCUGAAGGUUGUGGCUGAUCCUUUCUCUUGGAUUUCUCGGCUACCUCUCCUUAUCCCUCCCCUUCACUCCUCCCAGAUCUUGCUCUGCUAAGGCUGUUGUCCCUGAUGGUGGAUUUGCUGUAGGAAGUUAGGUCGCUACUCUGGCCUACUAUGGCUUUUUAGCUGCAAUCUUGCCAAGGCAACUGGUAGAGAACUGCUGUCAGGGAAGGGAGCUAGAAUGGUGAUUGACACCAUGGCAGGCAUGGAGGCGGGAUCAGAGGAGAAGAUAGGGGACUGUCCCACUUGAAUUCUGCCAUUGGGCACAUGGGAGAUGGGGAUGGGGGAGAUGACGAUGGCAGAACCCUGAGAAGACUAGGAGAAUGGGAAUUCUACAAUACCAGUUCCAAACAAAUCACACCUCUCCACUGCAAGGGAGCUGUUGCAAACCAUAUUGACUUAAGCUUCUGAUGAAAAGGAAUCUGUGUUAAUAUAAUGUCAUAUGUCAACUACACCUCAAUAAAAAAUAAAAAAGAAAAGGAAUGUGUGCUUUCUAAGCUUGCAAGGAGUGGAGAGGUGUUCCAAGGCCGUUGGAGAAAAAUCUUACUUCCCUCUCUGUGCUUCUACUUGCUGUGCUUCUCUGGCUGUAGCAACAUUAGGUGUCAAAUUAAUUUGGUCAAUUUCCCUGAAAUCAGACUGUCUGGGCCAGGAGGAGCC